CGUGCUCAACCAUUUUCCUUUCUUUUUUUCAAACUCGCCAAUCGCCAGUAAGAUACUCGAACAUAAUGGGCAUUCCUCGUCUUGUCCCUCUGACCGGUGAACCCCUCACCCAAGCCCUCAAUGCCAAAACCACAACCUACGACGGUCUCGUCGUGCUGUUCACUGACCCAUCCCUGCGGGCAUCCAGUCCCAUCCUCCAACCCCUCGCAUCGCUAAUGACUUCCAUACACUCUCUAGACGCCUCCGCUCAAAAAACCGUCACAUUCCACACGACACCAACAGCCCCCGGCUCGCGUCUCGUACUCUCCCCAACGGGAUCCAUACACGGUGAUGUGGAUGAUGUGCGUCGGUUCGCGGAUGCGGCUCGAAAAGGGUUGGCUCGUGCGCGAGCGGCGGGAAUCAAGAAACCCAUCCUGUAUAUCCCGUCUCCUUUAAAUAAUUCUGAAAGGAUCAAGAGGGAUUUCAAGAGGUUUUUGGAAGUUGCUUUGUUGGGUGUUUUGGCAGAGGCCUAUGUCCCUCUUCAGGCUCGUGAACAUUUUAGCAAGAUGGGACAAGAGGCUGAAGUGGUUGAUGAGAUUGGUGUGUGUGUUGAAGGGGAUCAAGGUGUACAUGAAGCCAUUCGGUUUGCUGUGGCUGUUGAGGAGGGGAGACGGGUGGCAAAGGAUAUUGGCGGUGCAGACCCGGAACGAAUGACGCCGUUGAAAUGUGCUGAAUACAUUCAACAAGUUUUCAAGGGGACCGAUGUUCAAGUUUCUGUUCUCACUGACGUGGAGACCAUUCGGACAUCUUACCCCCUCCUCCACGCCGUCGCACGCGCCUCCCUCUCCGUCCCCCGCCACCACCCCGCAGUCGUCCACCUCACAUACUCACCCCCCUCUGCCCGUGAAAACCUCUUUCUAGUCGGUAAGGGCGUCACGUACGAUACAGGGGGUUUGGACAUUAAAGCCGGCGGUAUCAUGCGCGGCAUGUCGAGAGAUAAAUGUGGAGCGGCUGCUUGUGCGGGGUUUAUGAAAACUGUUGCGUCUUUGAGACCGGAUAUUGGUGUUUGGUGUGCGUUAGGGUUUGUGAGGAAUAGUGUUGGAGCGGAUGGGUAUGUCAGUGAUGAGAUUAUUGUUUCUAGACAUGGUGUUCGAGUUCUUGUUGGCAACACAGACGCCGAAGGCCGAAUGGUCAUGGCCGAUCUCCUUUGCGAAGCCAAAGACAUCGCCCUCCAACGCCCUUCUUCCCGCCUCUUCACCGUCGCAACCCUCACAGGGCACGCCGUACGCGCUGUAGGACCCUACGGCAUCGCAUUAGAUAAUGGCCCUGCACGUGAAGAGGAUAUUGCGGGUCGACUGUGUAGAGCAGGACAUGUCUUUGGAGAUGGGUUUGAGAAAUCGACUUUGCGACGUGAAGAUUUUGAGUUUAUUUCCGCCUCAUCGCCCACCGAAGACGUCAUCCAAGCCAACGACAAAGCCUCCACACAAACCAACCGAGGCCAUCAAUUCCCUGCUGCAUUCCUAUCUGUUGCUUCUGGUGUUGUUGAACAUGGCUUGGAUUCUUCAUCACCGGUUUGUUAUACCCAUGUUGAUAUUGCUGGCAGUGCUGAGGAGGGUGCUGUUGGGUUGGGGUUGGGAGCUGUUACUGGGGCGGGUGUUGGGGCUUUUGUUGGGGCUUUUUUGGUUUGAAGAUUUGUGCAGUUGUUCAAGAAUGUUGAGAUAAUUGGUAUUGUUCACGUACACCCUAUUCAAUCUUUUUCAAAAUUGUAUCAAAGAAAACAGUCUAUUGCUACUUUUCCAUA